AUGGUCACUCCAAACGUUAUUGUCUCGCCUGGAAAGUUUAAACUUGUCCUUGGUGUAAACGAAGAUUGUACGCUAGUGGUCACAAAUGUUGGUUAUGAUGCCAUUAUUUAUCGUUUACAAACCGUAGCACCGGAUCACUAUGUGGUGAAACACGCCAAAGGUGUGGUCCGUGGGAACUCAACCAUAAAGAUCAUUGUAACGCUUAAUCAGCGCAGUAUUCAACAAUAUGACAAAAAUACCGCUGCUGCCAAAAUCAUUAAGGAUGAUUUCCUUCUGGAGUACGCCCUUCUAGGUGAGAACGAUGUCAUUGAGUCAAAGUACGCGAACGUAUCUCAGCUUAUCAAAGACAAGAAAACAGAGGACCCAAGCUCCGUUCUCCGAAAGAUAUUGCACUCUCACAUAUUCCUUGAUACAAGCGCAGAUGCCACAAUGACAUCCGACCCCACCAACUCCGCGGUGGAGGAGGACAACCAAGAUGUGCGAGCCCUCGCCACUCAUCCCCACAUCACCCCUUCUGACACUAGUUCUCCUGUCGGACGCAAGGCGGAUACAGCGAUCAGUGAAAAAGAGCUGUGGAACCAAAAAGAAGUCACAAAAAAAAGCAUGGGCUCGAUGGAGGCCUCUUCGGCAUCUAAGACUGGCCCUGGAGUCGGCCCACGGUUUAACACAUUACUUAUUCUGGGUGUGUUGAUGAUAGGAGUGCUGAUUUGGAUGCUUAUGGAAUAA